UGACUUUUUCUAAUUUGUGACAGAUGUCACACAACGCAAGCCCAGACAGAAGGACAUGAAGCAAACGCUGAAUUUCGUCAACGUGAACAAGUUGACUGUUUCAUCAUAUUCUUUCUUUAUCUAAUAUUUAACAGACAAAAACGAAUUAAAUAAAUACACAAGAUGCCUUUGUCGUGUCGAUUUUAUCAAGAGAAAUAUCCGGAAGUUGAAGAUGUGGUGAUGGUGAACGUUAGAUCCAUCGCAGAGAUGGGAGCAUACGUCCACCUUCUAGAAUACAAUAAUAUAGAGGGCAUGAUCUUGCUAUCUGAGCUUUCCAGAAGACGUAUCAGAUCCAUUAACAAAUUGAUCCGAGUGGGAAAGACUGAACCGGUUGUCGUAAUCAGAGUGGACAAAGAAAAAGGAUACAUAGACUUAUCGAAACGUCGUGUAUCUGCUGAAGAUAUAUACAAGUGCACAGAACGCUACGCAAAAGCAAAAGCAGUAAACUCGAUCCUGCGACAUGUAGCAGAGCUCCUCCAUUAUGAAACUUCUGAGCAAUUGGAAGAACUUUAUAAAAAAACAGCUUGGUACUUUGAAGAGAAAUAUAAGAAGAAAGCCUCAGCAUAUGACUUCUUCAAACAAGCAGCUGUAGACCCAUCAGUACUCGAUGAAUGUGGCUUAGAUGAAGAAACCAAGGAUGUCCUCUUAGCUAAUAUUAAAAGGAAACUGACCUCGCAAGCAGUGAAGAUUCGUGCUGACAUUGAGUGUGCUUGCUAUGGUUAUGAAGGCAUUGAUGCUGUACGAGCAGCUUUGAAAGCUGGUCUAGCUCUGUCUACAGUGGACAUGCCAAUCAAAAUUAAUCUUAUUGCCCCACCUUUGUAUGUAAUGACUACCUCAACUCCUGAGAAGACUGACGGUCUCAAAGCAUUACAAGACGCAAUCGACAAAAUUCAAGAGAACAUCACAGAAGCAGGUGGAGUCUUCAACAUUCAGAUGGCGCCUAAAGUUGUGACAGCGACAGACGAGGCCGAGUUGGCUCGACAAAUGGAACGCGCUGAGGCUGAAAACGCUGAAGUCGCUGGUGAUUCGGCCGAGGAAGACGAGGAUCAAGGUAUGGGCGAUGCUAACAUGGACGGUGAACCGUGUUAAAAGUCUUGUCGAAAGAUUGACAACUAUUAAAGUAAUUAGAGUUUGAAAUUUUUAAUUUUAUCUAUAAACUAGCGACCCGCCCUCGCUUCGCUUCGGAAACAUUAAAACACAAAUGAAACCAAAAAAAAAAAAUUAAAAUUUUUUUUUAAAAAGUAGCCUAUGUUCAUCAGGGACAAUGUCGGCUUCUAAUGGAAAAAGAAUUUUUCAAAUCGGUCCAGUAGUUUCGGAGCCCAUUCGAAACAAACAAACAAAUCUUUCCUCUUUAUAAUAUUAGUAUAGAUGUUAGAUCGAAGUAACACUAUAUGCCCAGCUCAGAAACAUAACCACUGGUUUUUCUAUUCUACAUAACAAUUAUUGCGUAGGUAUGGGCGAUGCUAACAUGGAUGGUGAACCGCAA